GCACGACCCAGUGCCUCUCUUCGAGCGAGUGUGCGCGGACCACGCGGACCGCGCGCGAAGAGAUUGUUCUGUCCCGAUCAUCCUGGGUCCUGCUCCCUUUUGAUUGCGGCCAUGGUUUCGCUCCUCAUAUGAGGAAUACUCUCUUUACCUAUGGAAGCCAUCAGUCCAUCGCCUGCCUAGUUGGAGAUCUCUGAUUUCCCGAUAUCGCCGGUAGCGCUUUCCACCCCGGUGUUGUUGACGUCUGUUAUAGUCUGGGAGUUCGAAAGGAGAUUUCCUCGGGAAUCCUGUCUGGUUCCCAAACAUGUUGCGACAGUUCGUGGUUCGAUUGACCCCGCAGAUAGGGAAAGUGACAAGGAUGUGCCUGAGGACAAGCGCAGCGAUGAGCGGUCUCAAGAGUCCGAUUCAGCCCACCGUCCUGAAGUCGAUAAGAGAAGCACCGUCCCCGAUCCCGAAGCUGCCAUCGCCCAAGAUGAGUGUUCAGAAGAAACGAGCGAUUAAAAAGAAAGCUCGAGGAGCGAGCCCGAAUAUCUUCGCGUACUCGACAUGCGAAGAGUAUCAACUCGAUGUGAUCCGCAACAGGCUCGCCGACCAGGGGUUGUACGAUGUUCGGGAACUACCAGAAGAGACAGAGGCUCUGCACGCGAAAGCCCGAUACGUCGUUGAUGCUCAACACAGGGACAUAUUUUUCUUCAAGGAAGGUACGGUCGUGUUCUGGAAUUUCACUGAAAUCGAGGCGCGUACCGUGCUCAAACUCCUGAAGGGUUGCGAGACGGGACCAUAUGACGAGGACAUGGUGGAGGAAGAGCUGGAAGUUAUGGAGUUCCAAUUCCACAAUGCCAAAACCAGAGUUACAAACGGCAAGGUGCUAUUGAGCGCAAACGAGCCCGAGGAGCCCGACGCCAAGGUGGAGAAACAAGCAGAUGUUCUGGAGAUGUACGCUUUCUCCAACGGGAUCGCCUUGUCCGUCAAAUUGGCGAUAUGGGAAGCUGUACUAGAGAAAUAUGUCGACAGCAUAGAAUGCAUGCUCGAGGACAUUCGGCACGGAAGGAAACUCGCAGCGACUCGCGACCAUGUUUUCCGGAAAACUGGCGAGCUCUUCGCCCUGAGACACAGUCUCAAUCUGUCGUCUGACUUCUUGGAUACCCCAGAUUUCUACUGGGACCGUGCCGAUCUCGAGUCGCUGUUCACUAAGGCCAUACGAUUAUAUUCCAUCGAGCGGCGCACCAGAGUAAUGAACGAGAAAAUCAAUCAUUGUCAAGAAUUGAUGGAACUGAUAAGUCAUCAUCUCGAAGACAAGCACCACGUCAGGCUGGAGCUGAUGAUUAUCAUUCUGAUUGUGAUCGAAGUCAUCUUCGAAUGCGUUCACUACGCUGAGCGAUACCAACAAGAGGAAGAGUAAUACGCUCAUGGACACGAAAACCUCAAUAAAUGCGCUAAUGUUCUCGGAA